AGUUGGAGAGGAGAGAGUGCAGGUGAGCGACAGCGAAAAGCGCUACUCAGUCGACUACCGCUGUCGUGUCUAGUUGUUCUUUGUGUUUGUGGACGCUUCUUCGUCUUGUCAGAUUUGUUUGGCCGAGCAAACGUUCGCUGAAAAACAACGUAUCGGCAAUCGAAGGCUGUUGAAGUUUCCAGUACGAACAGAGCAGCCAUGACUUCAGCGCGAGAGUUCAUAGACCAAGCCAUCGCCAAGGAAUCGGUCGUCAUAUUCUCCAAGAGUAGCUGUCCGUAUUGCAAAAUGGCCAAACAGGUGUUUGACUCGUUAAACAAAACUUACAUGGCGAUAGAACUGGACGACCGAGAAGAUGCUGACGAAAUACAAACAAUAUUGGGCGAAAUGACAGGUGCCAGGACAGUGCCGAGAGUAUUCCUCAAUGGAAUGUGCUUGGGUGGUGGUACCGAUGUGAAAAGACUGCACGCAAGCGGCGAACUUAUAAAGAAAUUUUGAAGAUUGACAAAAUGUCUAUAUUACAAAUAUUACAUGUUACAAUUGAUAUAUUGCAAUUAAUAUUACAAAUAACAUAUUCAGUACUUCAAUUA